CAGCACCAAGCCCCAACUGAUCCAUGACACCAAAAGUAAAGAACAACAAAGAUAAAAUAUUCACAUUCAGCACUAUCGUUUAGCAACCAUAGUCAAUUAUUAUCGGAUUUUCCAAACUACGCGGCCGGAAAAAUCACAAUCCAAAACCAAUGGAGACAGCCCCAGCCCAACCCCAUGUCCUCAUCUUCCCCUUACCCCUCCAGGGCCCAGUGAACUCCAUGUUCAAACUCGCCGAACUCCUCUGUCUCUCCAACAUCCACGUCACUUUCCUCGUCACUCAACACAUCCACUCUCGCCUCGUACGCUUCACCGACGUCGAAUCCAGGUUCAAACGCUACCCCGGCUUCCGUCUCGAGACCAUCUCCGAUGGGUUGCCGGAGGAUCAUCCACGCGGCGACAAGUUCAUGGAGCUUUUCGAUUCUUUGAAGGUCAACACAAAGCCUUUGUUUAAGAAGUUGUUGAUGUCUGAUGGUCGGAAGAUUAGUUGUGUAAUAGCUGAUGGAAUCAUGGGGUUUACAGGUGAUGUUGCUCUUGAGAUUGGUGUGCCUUUUAUUUAUGUCAGGACUAUUAGUGCUUGUUGUCUUUGGCUCUUCUUUUGUCUUCCUAAGCUUAUUCAAUCCGGAGAGCUUCCUUUUGAUGGAGAUGAUUUGGAUACACCGAUUAAGAGUGUGGCUGGAACGGAGGAUUUUCUUAGGCGGAGAGAUUUGCCGAGUUUUUGUCGGUCUGGGGAUUUGUCACACCCAAAUAUUCAGCUGUAUAAAUCUGAAUGUGAGGAGAAUCCGCGGGCGUAUGGUUUGAUUCUCAACACAUUUGAUGAUCUUGAAGGGCCAAUUCUAGCUCAGUUGCGUAAAUUUUGUCCUAAUUUGUACACAAUUGGACCGCUCCAUACCCAUCUGAAAAUGAAACUCGCGGGAGAUAUGGCGUCUUCGGCGCCAGCAAUAUCAUCAAACAGUUUAUGGAAAGAGGAUAUGAGUUGCAUUGCAUGGCUUGAUUCACAACCUGAGAAAUCCGUGAUUUAUGUUAGUUUCGGGAGUCUUGCUUUGAUGACAAAAGAUCAGUUAUUGGAGUUUUGGUAUGGAUUAGUGAAUAGUAAAUGUAGAUUCUUGUGGGUCAUUAGGCCAGACGCAGUUGCAGGAGAAAACGAAGUUCCAGCAGAUUUAAAAGAAGGAACGAAAGAAAGAGGGUACAUUGUGGAAUGGGCACCACAGGAGGAGGUACUGGCUCACAAAUCAGUAGGCGGGUUCUUGACACAUAGUGGGUGGAACUCGACUUUAGAAAGUGUCAUUGAAGGAGUGCCCAUGAUAUGCUGGCCUUAUUUUAUGGAUCAACAAGUGAACAGUAGGUUUGUGAGUGAGGCAUGGAAGCUUGGGCUUGAUAUGAAGGAUACGUGUGAUAGAGUUAUUGUUGAGAAGAUGGUUAAAGAUUUGAUGGUGGAUAGGAAAGAUGAGUUCUCAAAGUCAGCUGAUCAGAUGGCUAUGCUGGGGAAAAAAUGUUUGGGUGAAGGAGGCUCUUCUUAUUGUAAUCUGGAACAUCUAACAAGUAGCCCAGCUCACGUUCUCAUCUUCCCUUUCCCGGUUCAAGGCCACAUGAAUUCCAUGUUCAAACUAACCGAGCUUUUAUGCCUUUCUGGUAUCCAUGUCACUUACCUCGUCACCGUCCAAAACCAUACUCGUCUCCUGCAGAACACAGACGUUGUUUCCAAGUAUACAAAGUAUCCGGGGUUCUGUUUCCAAAUGCUGCCUGAGAGCGUUUCUGCUGGAAAUGCGCUGUCCAUUGAUAUGAUAUUGAACUAUUACGAGUCAUUGAAAACUGCAAAAACAUUUCUUAGAGACCUGUUGAUUAGGGAAGGAAAAACAAAGACGGUGACUUGUCUUAUUACGGAUGGACUCAUGAAAUUCACACUUGAUGUUGGUGAGGAGACUGGUGUUCCGGUCAUCUACUUCCGAACUGCUAGUGCCUGUUCAUUUUGGGCUUACUUUUGCGCAGACAGGGUUAUUGAAGCCGGGGAAUGUCCUUUCAAAGAUGAUAUGGACCUUCCCAUCAGAAGCAUACCAGGCAUGGAAGGUUUUCUCAGGCAACGUGAUCUGCCAAGUAUGUUUCGUGCUCAUGACUUAAAUUAUAGCGCUUUCAAGAUGGUGGUUACUGAAACUCACCAAACUGUUCGAGCCCAUGCCCUAAUCCUGAACACCUUUGAGGAUCUUGAGGGAUCAACUCUGUCACAGAUACGCACUCAGAUUCCAACGAUCUACACAAUUGGACCACUACAUGCACACCUCAGGGUCCAAGCCCAAUUGGAAACAACUUCCUCCGUAUUGGCUUCUUCAAACAGCUUAUGGAAAGAGGACAGGAGCUGCAUCAAGUGGCUAGAGGACCAGCCAUUGAAGUCGGUGGUAUAUGUCAGUUUUGGAAGUCUUGCCAUUGUAACGAAAGAGCAGCUCAUGGAGUUUUGGCAUGGUCUGGUCAAUAGUGGAUACAGAUUCUUGUGGGUGAUCAGGCCGGACUCAGUAACUGAUAUGGAGGGUGGAAGAGAGUUUUCUGUAGAGCUGGAGGAAGGAACGAAGGCAAGAGGUUAUAUGGUGAAAUGGGCUCCACAAGAAGAGGUUCUAGCUCACCCUGCAAUCGGUGGAUUCCUGACUCAUAGCGGAUGGAACUCAACUUUGGAAAGUAUACACGAAGGGGUGCCAAUGAUUUGUUGGCCACAGUCUGCUGAUCAACAAAUCAAUAGCAGAUUCGUUGAGGAAAUCUGGAAGCUUGGGCUGGACAUAAAAGAUACUUGUAAUAGAGUCAUUAUUGAAAAAGCUGUUAGAGAUCUCAUGGAGGGGAGGAAGGAAGAGUUUGCCAUAUCAGCUAAGGAAAUGGCUGCAUUAGCUAGGAAGGCUGUGAAUGACGGCGGAGCUUCGCGUUGUAAUUUGAACAAGUUGAUUGAGGACAUUCAGUUGAUGAACGUGGCUGCGCGACAUGCCUAAAGUCGGACAUUAAGUUGAUCAAGCAUCCAUGUUACAUACCUCAUCACUGUCCAGAACCACUCUCGUCUCCUGCAGAACACAGACAUUGUUUCUAGGUAUGCUAAGUAUCCGGGGUUUCGUUUUCAGAUGCUGCCUGAAAACGUCUCCCAUGGAAACGCGCAGCCCAUAAAGAUAUUCCUCCAGUUGUAUGAAUCUUUGAAAACAGUACAACCAUUUCUUAGAGAUGUGCUGGUUGGCCGAGGGCAAGCAAGGCCUGUGACGUGCCUGAUCACGGAUGGACUCAUGAAAUUUACACUUGAUGUUGGGGAGGAGACUCGCGUUCCUGUUGUUUACUUUCGUACUGCUAGUGCAGCUUCUUUUUGGGCUUACUUUUGCUCUGACAAAAUUGUUGAAGGUGGUGAAUGCCCUUUUGAAGGAGACGACAUGGACUUUCCAGUCAGGAGCGUGCCAGGCAUGGAAGGUUUUCUCAGGCAACGUGAUCUGCCAAGUCCAUUUCGUGUUCCUGACAUAAACGACACAAGUAGUUUUUACAAGAUAAUGUCUGUUGAAACUCAGCAAACUGUGCGUGCUCGAGCCCUUAUACUCAAUACAUUUCAAGAUCUUGAAAAACCAAUCAUUUCUCAGCUAAGCACUCAGAUCCCAGAUAUCUACACGUUUGGACCACUUCAUGCGCACCUCAAGGCCCGGAUGGAUGUGGAAACAACUUCCUCAAUGACGGGCUCUUCAAGCAGUUUAUGGGAAGUGAACAGGAGCUGCAUGUGGCGCCCUCCAAACCCGGGUCAGAAGUUUGGGGUCCACAACAUAACAUAAACCUGUAAUUAAUAUAAAAUAUGCAGUGACCCUUAGCUGUCCAUGGAUCGCAACAGGUUAAAGUAUAAAACAAGUCACAGCAUAACUUUAAUUAUUACAAACCCAAUCC